GCACCCCCGCCUCGCGGCCGCCAGUCGGGCGGCGGAGCCGUGCUGAGGGGACGCGCGGAGUUCGGGGGCUCGCUCUCGCCACCGGCGCCACGACCGGGACCGCCAGCGGCGCCGCGACCGGGGCCGCCACCGGCGCCAGGGCCGCCACCGGCACCGCGGCCGCCAUGGAGGCGCCGCCCGCGCCGCCCGCCGCGCCGCCCGCGCCCUGCAGCGCCGCGCGGAGCCUGCAGGACGAGCUGACGUGCCCCGUGUGCCUGGAAUACUUCAACGACCCGGUGCUGGUGGCCGAGUGCGGGCACAACUUCUGCCGCGCCUGCGUGACCCAGUGCUGGGAGGACUCGGCGCGGCGCCUCUGCUGCCCGCAGUGCCGCGAGCCGGUGCCGCAGCGCCUCUUCCGCCCCAACCGCUCCCUCGGCAACAUCGUGCACAUCGUCCGCCAGCUGGGGCUGCCGCCGGGCCCCGCCGAGCCGCCGCCGGGGCCGCCCGCCCCCGCCCCGCCGCUGCCCGCGGCCGCCCCGUCCGGCCCGCCGGGGCCGCCGCGCUGCCCGCGCCACGGGGAGCCGCUGCGGCUCUACUGCGUGCAGGACCGGCGGGCCGUGUGUGUCGUGUGUCACCUGUCCCGCGAGCACCGCGCCCACACCGUGCUGCCCGCCGAGGAGGCGGCCCACGCCGCGGAGGAGGUGCCCCAGGAGCACCUGAGCUCCCUGAGGAAAGGGCGCGAGGAGGCCAAGGCUGAGCGGGAGCGGCAGAGCGAGGAGCUGCUGAAGCAGACGGAGGUGGAGAGGCAGAAGAUCGUGGCUGAGUGCAAGGAGCUGCGGGCGUUCCUGGAGGAGAAGGAGCAGCUCCUGCUCUCCCGGCUGGAGGAGCUGGAGCGGGACAUUGGGCGCCGCAGGGACGAGAGCGUGGCCCGGCUGGCUGAGGACAUUGCCCAGCUGGACAAGCUCCUGGCAGAGCAGGGCGGGGACAGCGGGACAGGGAGCACGCCUGGCGAGGGUGUCGUCCCGGCUGGCAGCAGCCUGGAGAGCUGGAUGUUCCUCAAGCCUGAGCCGGGCUUUUCCGAGCUGGAGAAGAAGCUGAAGAGUUUUUCCCAGAAGAGCGCAGUGCUCAAGGAAGUGCUGCUGGAAUUCAAAGAAAACCUGCGCUUUGAGCUGGAGAAUGACACAGGUGAGCUCUCCCUGGACCCCGACACGGCCAACCCCUACCUGGUGCUGUCGGAGGACAAGCGGAGCGUGCGGCUGCGCGGGGCCCCCCAGGAGCUGCCGGCUCACCCCAAGCGCUUCGACUACGCCUUCUGCGUCCUGGCCUCCGAGGGCUUCUCUGCCGGCCGCCACUACUGGGAGGUGGAGGUGGGAGACGGGGAGAGCUGGGUGCUGGGCGCCGCCCGCGAGUCCGUGCGCCGCAAGGAGAAGGUCGACUUCGCCCCCGAGGAGGGGAUUUGGGCAGUGGGGCUCAACUGGAAGGGCAAAAAUUGGGAUCAGUACCAGGCGUUCACCUCUCCCGAGACGCCGCUGUCCCUCUGCGAGCGGCCACGCAAGAUCGGGGUGUACCUGGACUAUGAGGGCGGGUGGGUGGCGUUUUACAACGCUGACAACAUGGCUCCCAUCUUCACCUUCACUGCCGCCUUCUCCGAGAGGAUCUUCCCGUUUUUCUGGCUCUUUUAUGUGGGCUCCUCGCUGUCCCUCUGCAACUGAGCCCGCCCCGCUCACUGGUGGUGUCCCCUCUCCCCUGCCAUCCUUAGGUUUUCCUUUGCUUCCAGGCAAAACGCCCCAAAUCCUGCCCUUGGCUGUUCAGGGGGGAUUCUUUUCCUGUUGCAGUUCAAAGUUUGGAGUCUUUUUACCCUCAAAAUCUUCCUCAGGGGCGUUGGUUGGUGAGGGGGGGCUACUUGAGCACCCCCUCCCUGUUGCUGGUUAAACACCCCUGUAGUUCAUUUUGUGUUUUUCUUUGGAGUUGGAGCCCCAUGGAACAGGGAAAAGCUGAUCCCAUCCUACUUGGAAUAGUAGCCAAAGCUUUGUGUCCCCCCUCCCCCCUAAAAUGCUUUGUGGAGAGGAGGGGUGUUGUCCCCCCCAGUUUGGACACCGUUGCCUUGCAAGUCAUCUUUACCCAUCCCGUCCUGUCUCAUCCCAUCCCACCCCCCUGGGGAAAGGGCCAAGCCCGUCCUGCUGUCGCUGAGUGAUCCCCCUAUCUCCUCUAUUGCCCCCCCCAUUGUCCCCCCUCCUUGUGUCCCCAUCUCCCCCUUUGCCCCCCAUUUCCCUCCUGGCCCUCCCAUCGCACCCUGAUGUCCCUCUUUGCCUCCUCAUCUCCCCCCCAAUUCCCCUUCUCAUCGCCCCAUCUCCCCUUCACUCCCUGAAUUCUGAGCCCCUGGAGUGCCAGGAUCCCAGCAAGGGGAUGUGGAUGUUUGGGGUCACCCCAAGCCCGGGCUGGGGGGUUCUGGGGGGCUGGGGGGGUUCUGUGUUCCAGGUGUGAUCUUGCGCUUGCCCGCUCCCCCUGUGCCCUUCCCCCUGCUGCUGUUCUUGUCCUUUGCCCUGUCACUGUUAGUGGGGAAAUAAAAGUUGCUGUGCAAAAAAAAAAA